GUCGCCGAAAAGAGCACCACCGCACCAUCCUACCAUCGCGAAAAUAUAUCGAAAAUCCUGUAAAAUAAAUAACAAAUUCCGUGGCAUUUCGAGCUCAGAGAAUAAACAUUACAAUUGUUUUAAUCGAAUAGAAAAGUGAUUAUAAGUGAGAUUUAAUUGGAAGGCAAUCAACAUAAAUAAUUGAGUGUUUUCAUUUCAUUUCGCCGGAUCCCACCCACUCUCCCCAUCCUCCGACAAAAAAGACAACCCCAUCGCGCAGUACUUAAUGGAUGCAGCAACUCCAUGUGGCCCAAACACAAACAUCUGCUAACGGCGGCAGCGACGAUCUGCUGUCUUUUGGCCAUCAUCCAGCCGGCCCUUUUAGCCAAUCCGCCAGAUACUCAAGCCCCUCCUCCCCGCAAUGACACAGCGGCGCUGGGCGAUGAGGGCGUGGCUGGGGGCAUAAACUCCGGACUGGAUGACAGCAGCGUCAAGGAGCAGGCAGGCGGUGGACUUGAAAAGGAGGUCAUCGAAGGUCUCGGCUUCAAAGAGGUCACGGAUCUGGACAGAGAAGUCUCCACCACCGGCGACAGAGAAGCGGAGUUCGUGGGAGUGCCCGGUUUUCUGCCAACUGUCUUACCACCCAAGGACACCACCAGUCCCACCAACGGGCAUGGCUACAUCCAGUUUGAAAUCAAUGACGAGCUGCCCGUGGAAGUGGUUCGCCGCCAGAAGCCCAUCCAACAGACCCUCACUCGCUCCCGGACAGAAACUGUCAACGAAGUCCUCUCUAACCUGUUUCCCAAUGGGUUCUCGGACAUUUUCCGCUAUAGUGGAAAGGAUGGCAACAUGGAGACGGUAACCACAACCACUAACAAGGCGGUGGCUCACCCCACUGUGGAUGCGACCACCACCACAGAGGCACCUACCACCGUGCCUGAACCGGAAACUUCCGCAAAACCUGUCAAUGAUACAUACUACACUUACCAGACCACAGUGACAAAGGAGUACCGCCGGGAACUGAGCCCGGGACACACUGAAAUCGUUGUGGAGCAGAUCCGGGAACCUGGCUUCCGUGACGGCAGCAAUCACAUUUCCAGGGACGACCUCCUGAGGAUCAAUCGCGCCGCCGUGGCUGCCCCUGUGCUGCCAAGUUUGUUGCUGCGUCCGGAGCCUGACUCCGAUGAUAGUGAGACUCUGGUGGCGGCGGAAAGUGCUCCCAUCGUUAUUCUGGGUGAGCAUGAAUCGGACUUUGAGAUGCCAGGGCAAGAGAUUCAGGACAACCAAAUAGCCGAGACACGCCAUGUGAGCCGGGAGGCUUACCAGCAGAGAGUGCCAGCUCCCAGCUCCAGUAAGCAGAACGGCAUUGAAAGUUACACCAACCAGAAAGGUCCUGGCCAGGAUCAGGAGAUAAACGUCCAUAUUGUUCACGAUGAGACGUUGGGCAAGAAUAAGGAAAAGGCAAAGGAAACGGCUGCCCCAGAGAAACCCCAACAGGCACUGGAUCAUUACCAAGCCCACAGCGAGCAGAGGUUCCAGCAACGACACCAGAGCAAUGAGGCUCCUUCCAGGCAGUUCCUCAAGAGCUUCAAGCCCGUGGUGUCGGGCAGUGGCGACGGACCCCUUCCCAAAGGAGCCUUCCACUACGAAGUGCAGAAUCCGCCCCAGAAACAUCCCAAAGAGGUGAACCCACACUUUUUCCAGCCUGCCGCCCAGUUGGCCUACCAACGGGAACUUGGCCAGGUGCAAGUGCAUCAUCCGCAGCCUCAGCCUCAGCAGCUUCAACAUCAUCAGCCGAUGGAAUCUCUGCACACCAAGGCCAUCUCCUCUCCCCCAUCCCCCGCCGUUCAGGACUACUCUGGCUACGCAGGACCCACUCCUGUAUCCGUCACUCCCAAUAGUUUAGUUUUUGUUACCCUAAACACACCUCCUCCUCCCCCACCUCCUGCGCCACACGCUUCGCCUGCUCCUCAUAUCCCACAUACGCAACAGGAGCCCGGGAUUCAAUUCAGCGUGAGUCAUCCCUCACCUCAUGGCUAUGUCCCGGAAUCCGCUGCUGAAUCCUCGCAGCAACAUGCUCAGCAUGCUCCGGCCCCUGCCAAGUCCCAUUCCUCCCAGCCGAAUGGCUACACCUUUGUGGAAGUCCAGAAGUCCGUGAAUAUCCAUAACAAGUUGAUUACGGAGAAGGAUGGCCGAUUGGUGGAGCAACACGAGACCAUUUACCAUCAGCCCUACUUGCCGGCGAGUCCUUCUCCAGCUCCAGCGAAGAGCUACGCAUCUCUGGCCAAGAAUCCCAUUCACGUGGAGUACGAUAGUUCGCCCCAGGAGGUGGCCAUUUCUCACGCGACGGUUCAUUUGGAUACAGGACACAAGGGACAUUCUGAUGCCUCGAGUAGUGGACACCAAAUCCUGCAUACUUCUGCCACUUAUUCAGAUAAACACCAGGUGCAGCCGGUGCAUCAUGAGCAAUCCAUUCAACACGUGGUGCAUCACGAUCAGAAAGUGCAUCAUGAACCUCCGAUACAACAUGUAGUUCACCAUCAGCAGCCCAUUCACCAGGUUCAUCAUGAAGAAGCCAUUAACCAUGUAGUGCAUCAUGAUCAACCUAUACAUCAAGUACAUCAUGAACAGCCUAUACAUCAAGUACAUCAUGAACAACCCAUCCACCACGAACAGCAUGUAGUUCACCAUGAAGAGCCUUUGCAUCAAGUACAUCAUGAGCAACCCAUCUACCAAGAGCAACAUAUAGUACAUCAUGAGCAACAAGAUAAUCACGAGGUCCAUCAUCAUGAAGAACCCAUUCACCAUGAACCACUUAUUCAUCAUGAACACAAUCAUCAUGAACCCCUUCAUCACGAGCUUCACGAGCAUCAUCCUCAGCAACAUGUUGUGGAAAAGCAUAUUCCCGUUCCAUACGCCGUACCCCAGCCAGUGCCGGUACCCGUUCACGUGGAGCACUACGUCGAUCGUCCAUAUCCCGUAGAAACCAUCGUGGAGCACGCCGUUCCAUAUCCCGUGGAGAAGGUGGUAGAGAAGAUUGUGGAGAAACAUGUUCCCGUGGAGGUGGAACGCAUUGUGGAGAAGCCAGUGCCAGUUGAGAAGAUUGUGGAAAAGUUCGUGGACCGGCCAAUGGCCAUUCCCAUCCAUGUUCCCGUGGCCAUACACAUGCCUAUGCCACCGCCGGGUCACUCCGCUCUGCCCUUCUCCCAUCCAAACGCAUUGGCGCCGUGGGGCCACCAUUCGGUGGCUCACAUUCCGCCAAAGGUGCUGCAGAACUAUUACAACAGGAUGCUGAAGAAGCUGCUGCCGCAAUUGGCGGCCAAAAGCCCGGCUCUCCAAGCGCCGAAAUCCGUAAAGCUGAGUAAGCCCGUGGCAGCCCUGAAGCAGCCCGUCAAGCCCGUGCGCGGAGAGGUGCCCAAAGUGGCCACGUUCAGCUUGGCAGAUAUGCGAUUUGACCUGCGACCGCCGCCUCCACCCCAAGGCUCUCCCUGGCUGCAGGGCGCCCGCUACAUCUACAACACCCUGCCCGCUGAUCUGGCCACCGCCGCCGCCUCUGCUCCGGCCAUGAUAAAGUCCUACAUAGGCCCGGUGCCCGCUGCCACCUCGGGAGGAGCUCCUCCUGGCGGGGACACUGCACUUGGCAACGAUUUCGACGAGUUCCAGCGCUGGCGGAACGGGCACUCCCUCAAACGCAGCCCCGACUUUGGUCGCAACCUCCAGCUGGAGUACGGGUUCAAGCCCCCGCUAGUGCCGUCCAUGGAAAUCGACGACAAGGGGAAUCCCCUGAAGCAGGCGGAGCAGACGGAGACGCAAUGAAAAAUUUAAGCGAAUGCGUUGCGAAGAAUAAG